CGAUGGUGGUGUAAUUCACCAUGUUAAUAGGCAAAAAGAUGAGAAUGUUCCCAUGCAGAUGCUCGAGGAUGUUCCGCAGAUUACAAAUGGGGUUCAACUUUCGAUUGUACAAGGAUACAUGGCAAAAUUUUACAGGAGGUAUGGGACAUGGGUUGCUAGAAAUCCAAUCCUUGUGUUGUGCUCAUCAGUAGCUGUUGUUCUUCUACUAUGUUUGGGAUUAAUCCAUUUCAAAGUAGAGACACGUCCUGAGAAGCUAUGGGUAGGACAUGGGAGUGAAGCUGCGGAGCAAAAACAAUUUUUUGACAGUCAUCUAGCUCCUUUUUACAGAAUUGAGCAGCUUAUUUUAGCAACAAUCCCUGAUGCAAGGCAUGGAAAAUCACCUAGUAUUGUUACAGAAGAUAAUAUCAAGCUACUAUUUGAAGUACAAAAGAAGGUAGAUGGAAUUCGAGCAAAUUAUUCUGGGUCAAUGGUAUCUCUGACUGACAUAUGCAUGAAACCACUAGGCCAGGAUUGUGCCACUCAAAGUGUUAUUCAGUAUUUCAAAAUGGAUCCAGAAAAUUAUGAUGGCUAUGGCGGUGUUGAACAUGUUGAGUACUGUUUUCAGCAUUACAGCUCAGCAGACACAUGUAGGAGUGCAUUUAAAGCCCCACUUGAUCCGAGCACUGUGCUGGGAGGUUUCUCUGGAAAUAACUAUUCUGAGGCAUCUGCAUUUGUUGUAACGUAUCCUGUAAAUAAUGCGAUUACUGAAAAAAGCAAUGAAACUAAGAAGGCAGUAGCCUGGGAGAAGGCCUUCAUUCAGUUAGUCAAGGACGAGCUCAUGCCAAUGGUGCAAUCCAAAAAUCUAACGCUUUCCUUUUCAUCAGAAAGCUCUAUUGAGGAGGAAUUGAAAAGAGAAAGUACUGCAGAUGCUAUAACUAUCUUGGUUAGCUAUCUUGUAAUGUUUGCUUACAUUUCUUUGACUUUGGGCGAUACACCUCAUUUCACCUCAUUCUAUAUUUCAUCGAAGGUAUUGCUUGGUCUUUCAGGGGUUAUGCUUGUCAUGCUCUCUGUUCUCGGAUCAGUUGGUUUUUUCAGUGCAAUUGGAGUAAAGUCUACGCUCAUCAUUAUGGAAGUUAUUCCUUUUCUUGUAUUGGCUGUUGGGGUGGAUAAUAUGUGCAUUCUGGUACAUGCUGUCAAGCGACAGCCAUUGGAGUUGCCUUUAGAGGGACGAAUAAGCAAUGCACUUGUAGAAGUUGGACCAUCUAUAACACUAGCUAGCCUAUCUGAGGUUUUAGCAUUUGCAGUUGGAAGUUUUAUUCCUAUGCCAGCAUGCCGAGUAUUUUCCAUGUUUGCAGCUUUGGCUGUUCUCUUGGACUUCCUUUUGCAAGUUACUGCUUUUGUUGCCUUGAUUGUUUUCGAUUUUCUGAGAGCUGAGGAUAAUAGGGUUGAUUGUUUUCCUUGUAUAAAAAUUUCUGGUUCGUAUGCUGACCCGGACCAAGGCAAUGGUCAGAGAAAACCUGGAUUACUGGCUCGAUACAUGAAGGAGGUUCAUGCACCCAUUCUGGGUCUUUGGGGAGUUAAAAUAGUGGUCAUUUCUGUAUUUGCUGCUUUUGUGUUAGCUAGCAUCGCGCUUUGCACAAGAAUUGAACCCGGUUUGGAACAACAAAUUGUUCUUCCCCGAGACUCGUAUCUUCAGGGUUAUUUUAAUAAUGUUUCAGAGUAUCUCAGAAUUGGCCCACCGCUAUAUUUUGUAGUGAAAAACUAUAAUUAUAGUUCGGAAUCAAGACAAACAAACCAGUUGUGCUCCAUCAGCCAAUGUGAUUCAAACUCUCUAUUAAAUGAGAUAGCAAGAGCAUCUUCAAUACCAGAGUCAAGUUACAUUGCUAAACCUGCUGCUUCAUGGCUUGAUGAUUUUCUUGUUUGGAUAUCUCCUGAAGCUUUUGGUUGCUGUAGGAAAUUCACAAAUGAAAGUUAUUGCCCCCCUAAUGAUCAGCCUCCUUGUUGUUCACCAGAUGGUGGUUCUUGUGGUCUAGGUGGUGUAUGCAAAGAUUGUACCACGUGUUUCCUACACUCAGAUUUGCAAAAUGAUCGUCCAUCCACAGCACAAUUUAGGGAGAAACUUCCAUGGUUCCUCGCUGCUUUACCUUCUGCUGGUUGUGCAAAAGGUGGCCAGGGGGCUUACACUAGCAGUGUGGAACUCAAAGGCUAUGAGGAUGGUAUUAUUCCAGCAUCAGCGUUCCGCACUUAUCAUACACCCCUUAACAAGCAAAUUGACUAUGUCAACUCAAUGAGGGCUGCAAGGGAAUUCAGUUCAAGAAUUUCUGAUUCUUUAAAGAUCGAGAUCUUCCCAUAUUCCGUAUUUUAUAUGUUUUUUGAGCAAUAUCUUGAUAUAUGGAGGACAGCAUUAAUCAACCUUGCUAUUGCUGUUGGUGCAGUAUUUGUUGUUUGCUUAGUUAUCACGUGUAGUUUAUGGAGUUCAGCUAUCAUUCUUCUUGUAUUGGUGAUGAUAGUCGUGGAUCUCAUGGGUGUCAUGGCAAUUCUGAAUAUCCAACUGAAUGCAGUAUCUGUCGUUAACCUUGUGAUGGCUGUGGGUAUUGCUGUUGAGUUCUGCGUCCAUAUAACACAUGCUUUCGUGGUAAGUAGUGGAGAUAGAAACCAACGCACAAAGGAAGCUCUAGGUACUUUGGGGGCAUCUGUUUUCAGUGGAAUCACACUUACAAAACUAGUUGGGGUGAUCGUUCUUUGCUUCUCAAGGACAGAAGUUUUUGUGGUUUAUUAUUUCCAAAUGUACCUGGCAUUGGUCCUCCUCGGUUUCUUGCAUGGGCUGGUAUUUCUGCCUGUCCUACUUAGUAUGUUUGGCCCACCUUCAAGAUGUGUGCUCGUCGAGAAACAAGAGGAUAGGCCAUCUGUUUCAUUAUAA